GGAUUUGGGAUUAUUCCAGCUCCCACCAACGUCACCAUGGAAUCCUUCAACUUUAAGAAUACUUUGAGAUGGAACUGGCCAGCUGACCUCGGGGGAGACGUGAUCUAUAUUGUACAAUAUAAAAUAGCUUCCGAAUUGAGGAUUGACUUUAAGACGAUAUGUGUGACUCAGGAGCAGCAGUGCGAGUCUUCCGUUAUUACAUAUGAGUCUAAUGUUCGAGUGCGGGCGCAGCUAAACCUCAGCACAUCUGACUGGGCAACCAUUUAUUUUGACCCCUAUAGUGAAACUGUCAUUGGUGCUCCAAAUGUAAAAGUCUCCUCGAGGUCAGGAUUCCUGGAUGUCAGUUUCGAUGGUCCCUUUGUAGGGACUGAUGAAGGGUCAUUGAAGGAGAAAUAUGGCGAGCUACUGUACAGGGUGGUAUACUGGAAGGAAUCUGACCCUGCACAUGUUUUAGUUGUCAAUACGUCACAAAACACAGACAUUCUGCAGGACUUAGAACCAUGGACCAUGUACUGUGUGAAGGUCCAGGCUUAUGUGUCUCAGUAUAAGAAAGCUGGUGAUUUCAGCCCUGUGAUCUGCAAGGAAACCACUGACAGAAAGAGAUCGUCAUGGAAAAUAGUUGUGGUGUUCCUUGGAUCCAUGGCCCUUAUCACUGUUGUUACACUACUACUGACCUUUAUCUCAUUCAAGGUGUAUAAGAUGACACAAUAUCUAUUCUAUCCAUCAUAUACCUUCCCACAACAUCUAAAAGAGUAUUUGAGUAAGCCAUUCUACAACGCUCCUUACCUGCCUCCCCAGCCGACCGAGGAAUGUGGAGAAUCGUGCGAGCAGCUGACAUUUAUAUCGGAAGAGGCAGAGGAGAAGGACGCGGCCUGACAGCGAUUCUGUUUCCUUUAGACAUUUGUAAUACUAUGUUUCACUUGUAGUAGUCACUGUAGGAAAAAAUGUAUAGCUGCCUGCAAGGUAGACUGUUGGCCAAACAGGAGUUGUCACAGUGAGGCAACCCUAGGGAAAUGUUCACUACAUGACCUACUGCUGGAAAUCUUGGGGUGAGGAACACUGGCCCUGGAAAUGGUGUCUCCAAAAUGUUCUUCUUUGUUACUUACUUUAUUUAUUGUUGAGCUCCUACAUAGUCUUGUACAUUAAUAUGUUCAAAGGGGCAUUCCAAAAAUCUUAAAAUGGCCUAAAUGCUGAAAAGAACUAUUCUAAAUAGUAUCAAGAAAUGCCAGAGGACCUCCUUUAUGAGUAGUGUUUCAACAUUUUGUGGUGGUGGUGCAUAGUUGCCAACAGUCCUAAAUUUGCAGCUAAUUUUCAGAGACAGUCCCUGCUAUUUUGGCUAUCCGGUGUUAAAAUGGUUGGGGCAAAAAAUUGGUGGUCCCACUCAUUUUGGGGUUGUUUUUAGGUGCGUGGCCUAUUUGUCCCAAAGUCACCAACUGCAAAGUUGGUAAGUAUGGGUGGCGUUACCUUGUCCGAGGUAGGGAUAUGUUGUUAAGGUGAGGUAACUAAAAAAAAGUCUGGCUCUGGGCGGCCUCCCUUCUUCUUAAAUACUCAGAUUGAUGUCCCUUGUUCCUCUUAAUAAGCAAAGUCUCACAUUUAUGCUCCCAUAUACUGUAUUUAAAGGAACACUCUAGGGUCUAAGGACAGUGCAUGAGUAGCUUUGGUGUCCUUUGAAUCUGUGUCAUGCUCCACCGCCUUAGUUUUUGCACUAAGCAUUACUCGUACCAGAUUUUUCAGAAGUGUUCUUUUGUAACACCCCAGAGUGGUGUUACCACUUCUGCACCCUGCUACUGUCUUUAUUGGUCUAACCUCAUGUCAUCUUAUGCAUUUAUGACAGGUCCUCCAUACUGUGCAUUUCUAAUG